GGAUAAGCACCGCGUCAUAUGAUUACAUGGUUGCGUUACGUAUGGCUUUUUCCCCGUACCUGCUCAAAUAUUCGUAAAUAAUGCUGGACUCUUCAUCUAGUGAAGACGAAGAAGGUGUAAGCGGAUUUACCAAUUAUAGCAGCAAACCAAUUUCAUCCCAUGUUGCCAGUAGUAGACUUCCAAUUCAGUCACAGAAAGCUCCUUUAUCCAGUCGAUUACAAACAGAGAAUAUCGGUACAGGACAACGGGGUUUGCAGCCUAGACCUGUAAAUACUAGUACUUCUAAGGAAGUCAAUGUUCCAUAUGGACGUCAAAAUUCUGUAUCUCCACACCAUGCUGAUAGUGUGGAUCAUAGUCAGUCCCCACAUUCGAAACAGCGCUAUGCAUCAGGAUCAAGGGAUCAUGUCAGUUCUAUUCAACGUGGCAGGCCACCUCGUCAGUGGCAAAAUGAAACAUUUUCACGAAGUGGCUAUGGACAUGAAUCUCAACAACAAGCAUAUAAUAGUAUGCAGGAUGAUGAUGGUGAAUUGUCUGUAUCAGCGAUGAGUUUGAACGCUCAACCGCUACAACAACAAUAUUCACAGCAAACUUAUUCUUCUUCUAAACAAAAUACAAUGGAACGAUAUGCUAGUGGAGCACAUGGAAGUAGUUCAUAUAGUGUGAAUAGUUCAAAUAGUGGUCCUAUUACAGAAUCUGUUGAAUCACAUCAAGAUAAAGGACAAAGUCGUAAUCCAUCAAUAGCAUCACAAAGUCAAGAUCUAGGCGUAGUACAAGCUAACACUGUAAAUAAUCAACCUGUUAUACUAAGAGAUCCUGCUGCAUUGGAACAAGAAAAACUUGAACGUGAAGAACAAGAAAGACGAAAAGCAUUACAAUUAUAUGUUUUUGUAAUGCGUUGCAUAGCCUAUCCAUUUUAUUCAAAACCACCAACUGAUUUAAUACGUCGUUAUUUAAAAAUAACUAAACAACAAUUGAAUACAUUUAAAGAACGCUUUCAAGCUUUUCUUAGUGGUGAAUUAGAUGUUGUAGGCGAUGAAGCUUUUACAAAUGCUGUACAAAGUUAUUAUGAGGUAUUUUUACGCAGUGAUCGUGUAGCAAGUAUGGUACGUGGUGGUGGUUGUUCAAUGCAUGAUUUUCGUGAGGUGUUUCGAUUGAACAGUGAACAUCGUGUACAGUGUUUACCACAAAUUGAAGGUUUAAAUAAAGCUAAUGUUGUUAGUGCAUGGAUGGUAAAAUUUGAUCAAAUAUGUCGUGGUGGUGCUGGCCCAUCAUCUGUUCUACAGAAAUUACAAGUUCCUCAACCAGAAUUAGUAAUGACUAAAGAACAAUUAUAUGAAUUAUUUCAAGCUACAUUAGGCGUGAAAAAGUAUGAACAUCAGAUAUUAUAUAAUGCAUUACAACUGGAUAGUGCUGAUGAACAAGCUGCUCAAGUACGUCGUGAACUGGAUGGUCAAUUACAGGCAGUUGAGGAAUUAUCAAGAAAUCGUCAAUUCCCCCGGUUAGUUGUCAAAGAUAUGGAGAGUUUAUAUGCUGAUGAAUUACGUAAAAUGGUCGGGGAAUUAAUGUUACGAUUAGAAUCUGUACCUGUGACAAGAGGUUCAAGUAGUUUUCAAAAAUUUAAAAAAGUUAGUCGUUCACAAACUUCCGGUACAAAUUCACCAAGUUUAAAUUAUAAAGAGCAUAAUGAUGAAAUUAGUGAAACAAAUUUUAAGAAUAAAAUUGGCAUUCAAUUGAAUUUUUCCUUAGAGAUUGUUGUUGGUCAGGUGAAAAAUCUUAAACAUUUACCAACUAAUAAAAUGGUAUAUUGUACAAUGGAGGUUGAAGGUGGUCCAAGAUUACAAACAGAUUUAGCUGAAGCUGGAAAACCAACAUGGGGUACACAAGGUGAUUUUUCAACAAAUCAACCUCUUCCUACAGUUAAAGUUAAACUGUAUGCUGAAAGUUCAGGUCUUUUGUCACUUGACAGUGGUAAAGAAUUAGGACGUAUUAUUUUAAAUCCUACGUGUACAGGAAAUCGACAACCAGAAUGGUAUAAAUUACAAGUGGCAAAAAAUAUUCCCGAUGAUUUGAGCAUACAAUUGACACUAAGAAUGGAUAAACCAAAUAACCUGAAACAUUGUGGUUAUCUUUAUGCAUUGGGUAGAACAGCAUUUAGAAAGUGGAGACGACGUUAUGUCUGUUUAAUACAAGUCUCACAGUACACCUUUAUUAUGGCUUCCUAUAAAGAGCGUAAAUCAGAUCCAACUGAAGUUAUGCAAUUAGAAGGAUUCACAGUAGACUAUUGUGAUGUACAAAGUGAUUUAGCAUCUACUGGUGGAAAGUACUUUUUUAAUUUGGUUAAAGAAGGCGAUAGUGUUGUAUUUGCAACAGAUGAUGAAAAUGAACGUCAAUUAUGGAUACAGGCAAUUUAUCGGGCUACUGGUCAAACGCAUAAACCUGUUCCACCAUCGAAAGAUGCUACGGGGAGUAAUAACACUAAUCUUCAAAAUGUUAAUCUCUCUUCUGGGAAUAAAUCGUCAGCAGCAGCUAUUUCUGCAUCACUUUCUCGUGGUAAUGCUUCAGCUGUGGGAAACAGAGCACAAGGAGAUGUAGAUCGUGCUCGUAAACAUGGAUUAGAUGAAUUUGUCAGUAUUGAGCCAUGGAAGAUUAAUCAUGCAGAAUUAUUUGCUUUAUUGCAAUCGAAAUCAUUAGACUAUCGAAUGAAAGAUUCCUAUGUAUCACUUGGCUGGUUUAGUCCAAGUCAAAUGUUUAUUUUAGAUGAAUAUUGUGCACGUUAUGGUGUACGUGGUUGUCAUCGUCAUUUGUGUUAUUUAAAUGAUUUACUUGAUCGUGCUGAACAAGGCAUAAUUAUUGAUCCUGCUAUUAUUCAUUAUUCGUAUGCAUUCUGUUGUUGUCAUGUAUUUGGAAAUACACAAGACACAAAUAUUCGUACUGUUCUAGUUGAUGAACGUCAAAUGUUCAUGGAGAUACGUCAACGUCUUUAUGCUCUUUUAGAAAAACAGAUUACAGAGUUUCGAUAUUACUUUCCUUUUGGACGUCCAGAAGGUGCAUUGAAAUUGACUUUAGGUUUAUUAGAAAGAGUUUUAAUGAAGGAUACUGGUGCACCAGCAUCAGCUGAAGAAGUUCGUGAAGUGAUACGACGAUGUCUAGAACAAGCUGCAUUAGUAAACUAUGCUCGUAUAUCAGAAUAUGCAGCAAUUGAAAGUGGUCGUGAUACAAAUGCUGAACCUUCCCAAACAACUAGUAAGUUAAAAAAAUAUGCUAUGCCACCUUAUCAGUGAAACUUUGUUGGUUUCCUUUUCAGACUUAAUCUUAUGCUUGAUUUGUAAAAGAAAACCCUACCAUAGUCAUAAAAAUGUAAUUUCUCUUUCAUACCUUUGCAUUCCAAGUAAAACAAAGGGCUUCAAGCUCUGAGAUUUUAAUAUUCACUAACGUGGU